UUGUGUCCGGUCCUGCGGACUGAAGGAGAGAGAAGCGCCAUCGCGGAUCUGCGCCGCUGUUUGGAGUAAAUAAAGCGGGUUUUGUUGUCGGACACGGCGCUGCUCCGCCUGCUGCCCGACUCCCCGAGCCGUGUGUAAGGACCCCUCUGCGCUCAGGAGCCCCGCGCUGGUUGUUUUCAGCCGCGAUGCUCCUCGGCAACGCGAGUUAGAGUGAACGCUCCGCUCCGCUCCGCUGACCAGACCCUCCCGAUUAACGGACCGGAGACCAGCUCUGCGCUCGGACAGCGGCGGGACCGACGGGCGAGAACCGAGCUGACAGACAGCUGGAGCAGGGCAACGCAGCGUCCCACCUCCGGGACCACCACCGCUCAAUAAGAGUUUUCUCAGUAGAUGGGUGAGCCUCGAUGCGGAGCCAGAUGAAAUGAAUAAAGCACCACAGUCUCUGACAGGACCUCCCUCCGCCUCCCCUCACCCCUCCACACCCCUCCCUGCACCCUCCCCAGGCCUGUCCCAGCCAAACUUCCCUCCCGCUCAGCCCCCGUCUGUGGCUGUGUUUGCCACGCCCCCUCCACCAAUGAACCCCUCAGCCCAGCCCCGACAGUUUGCCCCUGGUGCUAGAGCUUUACACCAACAGGGAGGAUUCAGGUCACUUCAGCCGUACUAUACCAGUCGGCCCACUUUACCCACCAACCCUGCUCGGGUCCAGCCUAGCUCUGCCCCCCGACCAAUCCCCCCUCCACAUGGGACACAUCCCCCUCAUGUAUUCCAGCCGGGGUCCCAGAUGAUGAUGAUCCCCCAGCAGCCAAUCAGCUUCCCCAGCUCACAAGGAACCGCCUACUACAUACAUGGACAGUCUCUCUCUCAGUACCGCCCCUCAUACGUGGCUCAACAGUACCAGGUUGCCGGCUCUCCAGGAUUUUACACUGGAACCAGCCCAGCUGAGUACGCUGGAGCCUAUUACCCCGCCCAGCCUCAGUUCACACCCCAAGUGCCCACCGCACCAGUCAUUAUGAACCCUGCCCCCCAACAGCAACAGGCUCCGCCCCCACAGCAGCAAGCCGCCCCGACCAAACGGGAACGCAAACAGAUCAGGAUAAGAGACCCUAACCAGGGAGGCCGAGACAUCACAGAGGAGAUCAUGUCAGGGGGCCGCAGUGCCUCCACUCCCACCCCCCCACAGUCUGCAAUGUCAGCAUUAGAUGUCGGAGCCGUCGGCCAGUCUAACGGUGAGAAUGCCACACCUGCUGCCAUGGCAACCACAGCAGAUGACAGGACAAAGCCGGUAGCAUCCCUUGAGUUUCCCAUCCCCCCUGGCGAAAGCCCAAUACCAGACUAUCCGCCCACUCCUCCCACCACCAGUCCAAUCAGUGACACGGUCGACGCCCCGCCCCCUGCUCCUGCGGACAGUCCCCACAUGCCCCCAUCACAACCUAAAGCCUCUAAGGAGAAAGGGGCUGAGCCUGUAAAAUUCAGCGUUCCUGUCCCCACUCCACAAGUGGAACCUGCAGUGGAAUCUCCAAUUGCACAGCCUGAGGAACUACAACUGUUUAAUGGUUUAACAGCACUGGAAAAACGGGAGCAUUCAUCCAUUGAGUCAGCAGCCGAAAGAGACAUCAGCCCUAUUGCUGAGCCCGAAGUUACCAAGGAAGCGCCACCCAUUACUGAGAAAAGCUCUGUUAGGACUAUGAAAACUGCUGCUCCAGUAGUCAGAGAAACUCCCACUCAUGUCAAGAUUCCAACUCCCAUUACCAAGGAUACAGUUGCUUCUGUAGUUAAGGAGAGCUCAUCUCGGGUUGUGAAGGAGCCUGCCGCCCCGGUUGUGAAGGAGCCUGCCGCCCCGGUUGUCAAAGUUGCAGCAGCUGUUGUGGUUGUCAAGGGGGCUGCCACUCCAGUUGUCAAGGAAGCUGCUGCCCCGGUUGUCAAGGAGGUGGCUCCCUCCCCGGUUGUCAAGGAGAUGGCUCCCUCCCCGGUUGUCAAGGAGGUGGCCCCUUCUCCGGUUGUCAAGGAGGUGGCCCCUUCUCCGGUUGUCAAGGAGGUGGCCCCUUCUCCGGUUGUCAAGGAGGUGGCCCCUUGUACGGUUGUCAAGGAGGUGGCCCCUUGUACGGUUGUCAAGGAGGUGGCCCCUUGUACGGUUGUCAAGGAGGUGGCCCCUUGUACGGUUGUCAAGGAGGUGGCCCCUUGUACGGUUGUCAAGGAGGUGGCCCCUUGUACGGUUGUCAAGGAGGUGGCCCCUUGUACGGUUGUCAAGGAGGUGGCCCCUUCUCCGGUUGUCAAGGAGGUGGCCCCUUCUCCGGUUGUCAAGGAGGUGGCCCCUUCUCCGGUUGUCAAGGAGGUGGCCCCGUCUCCGGUUGUCAAGGAGGUGGCCCCUUCUCCGGUUGUCAAGGAGGUGGCCGCCGCCACCUCCACCGUUGUCAAGGAGGUGGUCUCCGCCACCCCCACCGUUGUCAAGGAGGUGGUCUCCGCCACCCCCACCGUUGUCAAGGAGGUGGCCUCCGCCACCCCCACCGUUGUCAGGGAGGUGGCCGCCCCCUCCCCAGUUGUCAGGGAGGUGGCCGCCCCCUCCCCAGUUGUCAGGGAGGUGGCCGCCCCCUCCGCAGUUGUCAGGGAGGUGGCCGCCCCCUCCGCAGUUGUCAGGGAGGUGGCCGCCCCCUCCGCAGUUGUCAGGGAGGUGGCCGCCCCCUCCGCAGUUGUCAGGGAGGUGGCCGCCCCCUCCGCAGUUGUCAGGGAGGUUGCUGCUACCACCCCAGCUCUUAAGGAGGUUGCCGCUGCCCCGGUUGCUUCCCCAGUUGUCAAGGAGGUUGCCGCCACCCCGGUUGUCAAGGAUGUUGUGAAGGAGGCCCCUGUCAAGGAGACCCCAGCUCCAGUGGGCAAGGAAAUACCUCCUCCCUCUGUGUUUGCCAAGGAAACCUCUACCCUGAUUGCCAUGGAGACUCCUAUUCUAAAGGAGACGCCUGUUCCGGUUGCUAAGCUAACCAUUGAACCUGUUAUUAAAGAAACCCCUGUACCUAUUGUUAAGGAGCCUUCUCCUGUUACUAAGGAGACCACAGAACCAGUUGUCAAGUCAAACCCUGCCCCCGUGGAGGCUGUGUCUGAUGCUUUUAAAGCCCCACCCUGUUCUGCAGAGGAGCGAGAGGACACGCCCCCACCACAAACAAUUGCCCCAGAGAGCACUAUGCAAGCUGUUUCUGUGCCAAAGAAAAAGAGGAAGAUGAAGGACCUCAACAAAAAGGAGGCUGGUGACCUCCUGGAUGCCUUUAAAGAGCCAGUGCCCCCACAGCCUGAGGCCGUGCCCCCAGCCAAGACUGAGUGGGAGGAGCCUGCCCUGGUGGCCCCACCCCCUGCAGAGGAGGUGGAAGAAACGUGGGAGGAGAAAGAGGACAAACUGGAUGCUGAAAACAUCCAGCCACAAAGCUCCGCCACGCCCACUGAGCAGAAAUACCAGUACAAAGAAGAGCAAUGGAAGCCUCUGAACCCGGAGGAGAAGAAGAAAUAUGAUCGGGAGUUCCUGCUGGGAUUCCAGUUCAUCAGCGCCAGCAUGCACAAACCAGAAGGCCUGCCACACAUCAGCGACGUGGUGCUGGAUAAGGCCAAUAAGACUCCCUUGCGGCCACUGGAUCCCAGCAGGCUGCCCGGGAUGAACUGUGGGCCGGACUUCACCCCAUCAUUCGCCAACUUGGGGAGACAGUCCGUCGGUGGCAGAGGACCGCCACCUGGUAUGGGUGGUACACGCCGCUCUGGUCAGGGUCCACGGAAGGAGCCGAGGAAGAUCAUUGCCAGCGUUUCUCUGAAUGAUGACAUUCAGCUGAAUAAGGCGGAGAAGGCAUGGAAGCCGACGCUGAAGCGCAGCGGCCGGGCCGAGGAGGAUGAUGCCGAGGCGAUCAGGACUCAGGAGCUUUUCCGCAAAGUCCGAAGCAUCCUCAACAAACUCACCCCGCAGAUGUUCCAGCCACUGAUGAAGCAGGUGACCGAGCUGACCAUCGACACAGAGGAGAGGCUGAAGGGCGUCAUCGACCUAAUCUUUGAAAAGGCCAUCUCCGAACCCAACUUCUCUGUAGCCUAUGCCAACAUGUGCCGCUGCCUCAUGGGGCUGAAAGUGCCUACGUCGGAUAAGCCGGGAGUAACGGUGAAUUUCAGGAAGCUGUUGUUGAAUCGCUGUCAAAAAGAGUUUGAGAAGGACAAAGACGAUGAUGAAACGUUUGAGAAGAAACAGAAAGAGCUGGAUGCCGCCAGCGGGGAGGAGGAGCGGCAGAGGCUGCAGGAGGAGCUGGAGGAGGCGAAGGACAAGGCACGGCGACGAUCGCUGGGCAACAUCAAGUUCAUCGGCGAGCUGUUCAAGCUGAAGAUGCUGACGGAGACGAUCAUGCACGACUGCAUCGUCAAGCUGCUGAAGAACCACGACGAGGAGAGCUUGGAGUGCCUCUGCAGACUGCUGUCCACCAUCGGCAAGGACCUGGACUUCGAGAAGGCCAAGCCCCGAAUGGAUCAGUAUUUUAACCAGAUGGAGAAGAUCAUUAAGGAGAGAAAAACCUCGUCCAGAAUCCGCUUCAUGCUGCAGGACGUUAUCGACCUACGACGGAAUAACUGGGUUCCCAGGCGUGGAGAUCAGGGUCCAAAGACGAUCGAGCAGAUCCACAAAGAGGCUGAAAUGGAGGAGCACAGGGAGCAGAUUAAGGUCCAGCAGCAGCUCCUCUCUAAGAAAGAUGGACGAGGUGGAGGAGGAGGAGGAGGAGGAGGAGGAGGAGGAGGAGGAGGAGGGGUGGGUUUGGGCCCCCGCAGUGGCCCUCACACACCUGGGCCCCGCGGCAGCCAGGGUCCAGACGAGGGCUGGAAUACGGUCCCCAUCUCCACCAAAAACAGACCCAUCGACACCACUCGCCUCAGCAAGAUCACCAAGCCUGGUGCAUUGGACUUCAAUAACCAGCUUCUUGCUCCUGGUGGCAAAGGAACGUGGGGCAGCUGGGGCAAAGGAAGCAGUGGCGGGUCAGGAGCAAAGCCCAGCGACAGUGCAGCUCCAGAAUCAGGCCGUACGAGCACUCUGAAUCGUUUUUCAGCCCUUCAGCAACCUUCGUCCUUAUCAACCUCCUCCAACCCCGACGCAGACAGGAGAGUGCCUCAAAGGAGCAGCUCGAGUCGUGAGCGUGGUGACCGCUUUGAGCGGAGGGACGAGCGUGGGCCUGACCGGCUGGACCGGAACCGACCCACCAUCACCAAGGGGAGCUUCAGUCGGGAGAAGGAGGAGCGCGGGGGCGAGCGGGAGCACAGAGCACCCGAGAUGGUGCGUCGCGUGGCCAGCAUGACGGACGAGCGGGAGAGAGACCGGGAGAGGGCAAAAGAACGGGAGAGAGAGAGGGAGAGAGAGAGGGAGCGCAGCAGCCGUGACAGAGCCGCCAGCAAGGAGAACGUGAGGAGAGAACCUGCCCCAACGCCCCCACCUGCCCCAUCGAAACCUGCUCUGAGCCCCGAAGAGCUCGAGAAGAAAUCAACUGCCAUCAUAGAGGAGUACCUACACAUCAAUGAUAUGAAGGAGGCGCUGCAGUGUGUGAGCGAGCUGAACUGCGCCUCGCUGCUGAGCGUGUUCGUCCAGACAGGGAUCGAGUCGACUCUGGAGCGCAGCACCAUCGCCAGAGAACACAUGGGCCUAUUACUACACCAGCUCGUCAAAGCAGGAACGCUAUCUACACAACAAUACUACAAAGGGCUGUUGGAGGUUCUAGAGGUGGCGGAGGACAUGGCCAUCGAUAUCCCUCAUAUCUGGGUGUACCUGGCAGAGUUGAUCGUCCCCAUGUUGCACGAGGGGGGGAUCUCAAUGGGCUCGCUGUUCAGGGAAGUGGCUAAGCCUCUGGCACCCAUCGGUAAAGCUGGAGAUCUACUGGCACACAUCCUCGGCCUGCUCUGCAAAGGAAUGAGCCAUAAGAAGGUGGGAACUGUGUGGAGGGAGGCAGGCCUUAGCUGGAAGGACUUCCUACCAGAAGACAAAGACGUCAACAAGUUUGUGACUGAAAAGGGAGUGGAGUACACUCUGGGUGAGGAAUGUGGGAAAGGCAGCAGCAGCAAAAAGUCUCUGAGUACAGAAGAGAUCUCCAAACAGCUGGACCAGCUGCUGCAGGACAAGGCGAACAAUCAGCGUAUAUUUGACUGGGUGGAGGCGAACCUGGACGAGCAACAGGCGGCAUCUAACGCAUUUGUAAGGGUGCUGAUGACCUCCGUCUGCCAGGCUGCUAUCAUCUGUGAGAACCCAUACAAGGUGGACACUAAAGAGAUUUCCCAGAGGGCCAAGCUGCUCCAGCGUUAUGUUAAGGAUGAACAGAAGGAGCUCCAGGCACUUUACGCGCUACAGAGCCUCAUGGUACAGAUGGAGCAGCCUCCCAAUCUGUUGCGGAUGUUCUUCGACGUUCUGUACGAUGAGGACGUGAUUAAGGAGGAGGGCUUCUACAAGUGGGAGUCCAGCAAAGACCCGGCUGAGCAGCAGGGCAAGGGCGUCGCUCUCAAAUCCGUCACCGCCUUCUUCACCUGGCUUCGAGAGGCCGAGGACGAAUCGGACAACAGCUAGAGCUCUGGCUCCACCCACCGGAAGAACCAGCUUUUGGAUUUCAGCUGAAGAGAGAAUCCUCCCGGAAUUAAAAAUAAGUUUUAAAAAAUGCAAAAAGAUGAAAACUUCCAGGGAAGGAUUCCGCUUCGGAUUGAUCAGUCUUUUUUUUUUUUUUUCCUGUUUUUCGUUGUUUUUUUCGCUACCGAAUGUCUUUUUGAACUGAUUUGAUGAUUUUUAGAAAUUUCAGUUUGAGAGAGGAUACGAAGCCUUAGGUCCCGUGAGGAGACUUCUGUUUUUUUGCCGUUCGAUUUGCUACUUCCAGUUUCUUCUCCCGUCAACGCGGAGGAGCGCCGUUUUUCCGAUGUUGUCGAACUCCUGGAUGUCGCCAAACGGAAGAAACUGACUCGUUUGCGACGUCGCCACUGCAGUAGAGCUCCGAUUCCAGGAAAGCUGCUCAGAGUUCUAUUUUUUUGAGAAAUUUCUCGCCUCGUGUUUGGACACUUUACCAUAUGCUGUAUGGACGGUGUGAUACAGAAACAGUGCUUUGGCGGGGAAACGGCGGCUGUUUGGUUUUUUGCAGUUUCCCCGUUUAUUUCUUUUUUUUUCCUUUCGUUUUUGCAAGUAUUGGGGUGAAUGAAGUGAAGUUGUUUUCUUGUUUUUGUUUGUUAACAAAUGACGUGACAGAAGAAGAGGCAGAAUGCGCCGCCCGUUCCAGAGCCUCCAUUGGGCCGUUCAAACGGGGAAAUUAACCGUUUCCUCUUGGGCUCCGAGGAAGUCGAGGGCAUGGACUUUGACUUUUUUUGCUGCUGCUGGGGGGGGGCGGGGUUACGGCCUCGUCACCCCUCACCUGUCCGGUUUUACCUUCCUCCACUUCAGAUGAAAGAAAAGAGAAGGGGGGUUUUAUUUUGACACCCGCCGUCUGUAGAGCAUUUUACGAAUAAAAGUCGAUACUAAAACUUGAAAAAUUAUUUAGAGAUCAACUUUAAGAAACGGCAAAAGUAAAAAAAAAAGUACGAAUCUUAAAGGCCUUUUCUGCUACCUGGGGUGGAAAUGCAUUUCAGGAGAGUCCUGUAAAUAAAUAUUUAGAGAUUUUUUUUUUUUUUCCUCUUUUUUUUUCUUUAUUUUUCAAAAAUAAAAAUGCUAAUUUUAAUAACUGAUUUUUUUCCCCCUCCCUUUCUUUUCCUUCUCUCAGUUCUCUGUAUUUAUAUUCUGUUGGCUCUCCGUAGUUUAGCUGCCCCGGCUCUGUGUAAUUAUCCUCCCUAAAGUUUAUUCAUUACGACUUUUUGUAAAUAUGUUGGGUUUUUUUUUGUUUGUUUUUUUUUUGCUUUACUUUAUUAAAUAUUUAAUUGAGAGAAAUUAACUGCUCUUUUCACAUCAGAAACUGGAAAAAAUAAUAAAGAAUAUUGCAAUUAAAAAAAGGAAAAAAAGAAAAAAGCA